GAAUGGCUGUCAGUGGCUGUUGGGCGCGCGCGUGCGCGGCGGCUGUUGGCGGUAGAGCGCGGCUUCUCUGUCCCCACCUGCGUGAGGGCGGGCGUGGGGGCUCGGCCCUGCCUUGCUGAAGGCCUUUCCUACGGCCCGUUUUUGUUGUAGUUGUUGCUACGGUGUGAGCGGCUGGUAGGCCGAGCUCGAGGACUUGCCUGGGUGGCUGCUCACGUGGUUAAUGUGCUGCUGUGAGUGUUGCCCCAUUAUAUUGUGUCUUAGUUCCUGAAGCCUGUCAUGCAUUAGUGUACUAGAGUGCUAUGAUUUAUCCUUAGCUUUUACAGUCCAGUUGUAGGAGUGCUUAUUUAAGCUGCUGCUUGGUGCUGGAGGCUGAGAUGUUGUGCUUAGUGCAAGUGGUUCUCAACUGUGCAGUGCUUCCCCCCUGUGUAAUCCUUCUGUCUGUAAAGGGGAGAGGGAUUUAGAAAAGUGAUGAAAAAAGUGACUUCAUUUCUUAAUUUCAGACUCCUGUUCAAGUGCAGGUUUUUUCAAGAGUCUGCCUUAAUAGUAUGCUCUGGUAGUCAGCUGGCUAGCAACUGCUUGGUGUUUCCUCUGGAUGGAUACUGUGCAGAUGGCAUGUGCCAGAUGAAGGGCUCCUGGUCUGCAGAAAAGUUUAAGCCACAGGCAAUGAAAAGAUGAUAGGUGUCAAAGCCAAAGCUUUUCUUCUGGUAAGCAUGUUCCUGACUGCCCCCAGCUGGAGAGACCAUGUGGAGACCUGCAGUCUACUCAUCCUCUAGCCCUGUCCAGCCCAGUGCUAGGAAAUAGCACAGAGGCUUUGUGCCUUGUGGCUUUGCUAACAGCAACAAGAGGUAGGCUGAAGGGCAGAAUCUCCACUGGGGUGGGGGGAAGAUAGCUUGGGAGCGGGGCAAUGAGAGUUGUGAGGUAUGUGUAGUUAUACAUGUGAGUUAAUCUUUUGAACUAUAUUCUUCUGGCUGAUUGUGGUUUUGGAGAAAUGAAGGCUGUUCAGAUAUGGAGAUGCCAUGUAUUUGUGUGAAUAAAAUAACUCUUUUAAGAGCCCUUUCUGCCUGUAGCUUUUGGCACCUCAAAAAUUUAUGUACCUUCUAGUCCUGCUUGAUUCCUAUUGCCUUGCUACUCAUUCAGUGGUUCCCCUAUACCUUCUCUCUGUCCCUUCAACCUUUCUUUUUUUCCCUGGGGAGUUGUAGUGUAGAGAUAAAGGCAGGAAGUUCAACCUGUGCUGUUUUUUUCUCCCACAAGAAAGAAACUGCAAGUUACACCUUGCAGCUUCUAGGUAUUUUGCCCUUCUUCCUUCCCAAACCAAUGUAUUCAUUUUCAGUCUUAAAGAUAAGAGCUGCCAGCAGCUGCGACUAUUGCUGGGGUAAUAAACCUGUCUCAAGGGAGCAGAAAAGUAACUAGGAAGCUUAAUCUCAUGGAAACUUCUUUAAGCAAGGCAUGAUGAGUAAGUUUUUGUUUAUCACAGGAGCAAAUAUGGUAUUGCUUACAAAGGCUGACAGCUGUGAGGUUAAUCUGAAUGUGUUGGAGCAAUUGACUGCAUAAUUGCUGACGAGAAAUACAGUUGUGAGUCUAGUCAUCAAGUGAUUAAAUAGAAUUUAAAAAGUGAUUCUGAAUAAGUUCUUUGCCUUUUGUUUUUGAGCUUUGUUACAGAUGUUUUCAGACUUGUGCUUGAAACUUAAGAAAGGCAGAAUUCUUUUGUGACUUUAGUUUUCAAAACAGAUGUCUUGAGUCUGAUAUCACAAGAGCUAGUGACUAUAUACGUCUAUGCAGUGUCAUACACGUCAGACUCACAGAAGUCAAGGAAGACUGACGUAUAUCCUGGACAUCAUAAAAUAAGUCAUCAAGGUGUGCAGUGUGUUAAUGUGUUCUAGUUAAAAGUAAAAAUAAUUCUCAAUAUAUUUGUCCUUAAAAUAUUUAUUGCAGAUGAUGGAUGGAUGAGAAAAGUCCUUAUUAAGUAUUUCUAGGCUGUCUGGAUACUCUGUAAGGAAACAGCAUCAGUGAGAAAAGUAAUACUGUUCAGUAGUGAUGUCCUGUCAAGAGCAUAGAUGUUCUUUGUAAGUCAGAAAAAUAUUACAUGAAAGAAUGUAAAUAUUCUCAGAUACAGAAGUAUGUGGUAAGUGUAGGAUAAGAAUAGGACUGAUUCCUAUCUUUUCUAAAGAUGCACAGAACAAACUAUACUGCUAAAAGUGUAAACAGGAAACUGCAUUUCUGGCAAGGAGCUUGGCAAGUAGAAGCUGAUUUAUGUGCUUCCUUAUGCAGCAUUUCUUAUAAUGUAGCUCUAGCUGCGCAGUGUAAUUAGAAUUGCCUCAAAACAGCUCCCUACUUGUAGGGAGAGUAUCUCUAAAUAGUUUAGGAGCCUAACCAGGGCUAUUUCCACUCUUCAGAGUACUUUGUAGCAUCUUCCCAGUUGGUACCUGCUCAGAAAUAAGCUUUCUGUUUCUGUCAUGGGUCAGAUGCACAGCUUGUGCUAGUUGCAUUGAAGGCUCUAUGUAAACAGCUUCUAUACAACAAAGACAGGUUUGAAUUGUCAGGUUACCUGUGCACAUGCUUGCAGUAGUCCCAGUAUGGCUUUAUGCAAUUCAGAGGAUGGCAAAUUGUAAGGAAAUUGAAUUGUCCUCCAACUCUAUUUCUAGCAAGAGUAAUAUGCCUUAUUGAAGGUGACAAGAUUGAAUGAAUUUCCCAUAAACUCUAAAUUUAAUUUAAUCUCAGAUUGAUAAAUUGUAACUUAGUGAAUGGGAAUUCCAUUUAUUAAGAAGUGUCAUAGACAUCUGACAGAGAAUAUCUGCAGUACCAACCAGUUUUGUUUUUUAAAGGAAGCUUUCAGUAGUAGAAAUGAAGCAACUGUAGUUGUCUGUAGCUGGGAAACUGAUGACUCAGACCCUAUUCAUGCUGUUGAAAGACUGUUUUAUGAGACCGAUCAGAGUUGUGGGUGGACCUUGAGGGGAGUUUGAAGCCAGACUUCAUACUUAGUGAUGCCUACAUCAGUGUCUGAUUGUCUCAGCAUACACCACUAAUGGUGUAUCCUUUGGGAGGCUUUGCAUUUUUCUUUAAUCUUUGGGUAGUGGGGCUACAGAAGAGGUCAGGGUGGGGAAUUUCACUAUUUCUUUUAUCUAAAGAGGUGUACCAUCAGGUCAAAAAAGAACUGCUGAAGCAGCACUCUUUGGGUGGGGGGAGUAUUGGAGUUUGCUUUGACCCUGCUACACCCCUGUGUGUAACCAUUUGUAACUAGUGACAUUUUCCCAUCAAUAACAAAAGGGUAUAUUCCAAACUUGAUGAACAAGACUGUAGCUGCAUAGCUCCCAUGAAUGCUAAUAGGAAUACAGCCUUUCUCCAUCGCCAUGUAAGUUGCUUUGCAUAUCCUAAUAGUGCAUUCUCAAUGAGCAACAGGGCCAGUGUUAACCACUCCAUGGCAUUCCAAGAGUGACUGCAGGGAUCUCUAUCACAUUCCCUUUGGUCAUGUUAUAUCUAGUGCAGCUUGAUCAGAGUUUGGAAUUAAAGUAUGCACAUAGGAAUAUUAAAAAAAAAUCUUAGGAAAUUAUACCAAAGGAACUAUAAACAAGAUGAGGAAGAGCUGGCAUUUUGUAAUCGUCUUUAAUAAAUAUUUAUUCUUUCUAGUAAAUACAUGUCAUGUUCUUCCACUAAUUUUUGUAAGUCUUUAAGUCAUUCUGUUUCAGGACCUUGGCUAGACUUACACUGAGAAGGCUAAAGCUAAGUAUCUAAAUGUAUAUUUUAAUCACUUAAAUGGAGUGAUAAGCCACAUGUCAUUAAAAGGCUCAUGCAGUAAGAAAUCUACAGCCUUUGUCCAUCUUCAUCUGUUUCCCCGCUUGGUCGUUGGGAAUGGUAUUAAAGCUUCAUAGGGAAACAACUGUGUCAACAUAAGUUAGCAGCUCCAAUAGAAUCCAAUUGAAGGGUAAGGCAGUGUCUGACUGCAAGAUGUAUAAGAUCCAAUUCAUCCAACAGAUGAACUAAGAAUUACGGAAGGAAAUGCUAAAUCAGCAGAGACUUGCAUAGUCUGUUCUUCAAUGGAAACAUUUGCAUGUAUAUGCUUACUUGUGUAUAACUACUAUAAUCUGUGCUUUGAGUCUCAGAAUUAACAGAAACCCUUUUUAAUCAGCAAGCUUCAAUUUUACUCUUAAAUUGGUUAAAAAACCCCAAACUAACAACUAAGUCAGACAUUUAAAUUAGCAUUGAUAUGACUUUAGUCAGAAUGAGUGAUAGUAACCUUUGGUUAAAAACAUCAUUUCCCUAUUUCAUACUUUUGCUGCUUCCCUUUGGUUAAUCAACAUGAAUUGGUUACUUUAAAAUUAAAUAAAAUUAAUAUGUAUUUGUAAUAGGAAUGUGCUGUGUAUCUUCUGUAAUACAGCCAGUAGGGUGCAUUGGUUGUCUGAUAUUUCAAAAAUCUAUAAAGAAUUGCAUACUUGUAUCUGAUUUAUGUUUUACUUUGAGUUUAGCACGGGUAUCCUCUGAAUAAGAAAAUUUUCCUGUGAAAUCAAGAACACUGAAGGCAGCAUAUAAAAUAGAGUAAAUUAGACCCUAAAAAUUGUUUUCAAAUCUUUUACAGACUUUGGUAUGAGACUCUUAAUAUAUACUUGUAUACUUAUAUUGAUAAAUAACUGUCUGUAGUGGGAUAACUUAAGUAUUUUAAGAUUUUCAUAGAUUUCUUCCAAUUUUAGCUGUAUGAAUCUAUAGGUAACUCAGGAAUAUCUGUUUUUUUAUUGUGCUUUCCUUGACUAGAGGAAUCCCUUUGCUCACUUGUUUUUUCUCUGAAGGAAUUUUUGCAUUUUGGUCAAGUCUUUCCUCAUUUUGGGGGAAUUAAACAUUUUGAGCUUUAAGUUUUGUUCUCUGCUUUCUCUGGUUAUUGGUUCUUGGGACUUGUUUACAUCCUCUGGAUUUCAGCAUCCUUUCUAAAAUGUGGACAUCAGAACUUUAUGCAGCUUCAAAUAUCCAUACCAUUAGUGCUAUGUACAAAGCAUCGCACUGGACACUUACGGUGAGCUGCUUCUCUGCUAAUAGUUUCUGCAUAUGAAAAUGAUCCAGAAGGCCAUUUGUAAGAGUGGAAGAUUGCCCUGGUAUAGGCAGUGCUAGUCAACAUUAUGGACUCUUCCACCCUUCUACUGUUCGGCCUAUAGGCAGGGAUGCCUUUUGCUUCUAUAUUAGUUCAUUUUCUUUUAGUAUUAGUCAAUCAUUUCACAUCUGGAGAAACAGAAGUGAAGUUCAGUGGACAAACAGAAUUCGUAGUUAACGAAACAAGUACAACUGUUAUACGUCUUGUAAUUGAGAGGACAGGGGAGCCUGCUAACAUCACAGCCAUUGUGUCGAUUUAUGGAGAAAACACAGGAGACUUUUUUGACACGUAUGCAGCAGCAUAUAUACCCGAUACAGAAACAAACCGAACUGUAUAUAUAUCUGUCUGUGAUGAUGAUCUUCCAGAGGCUGAUGAGACAUUCAUAUUUUACUUGACACUACCAAAACCAUCUGCAAGAAUAAAGCUUGGCUCACCCAAGUCCGUCACUGUAACAAUAUUAUCAAAUGACAAUGCCUUUGGAAUAAUUUCUUUUAACAUGUCUACCUUAAUCACAGUGAAUGAGCCCAGGGGUAAAAAUGAAUCUGUGCCUCUCACUCUAAUUAGGGAGAGGGGAACCUAUGGGAUGGUCAUCGUGACUUUUGAGAUAGAGGAUGGUCCAAACCCAGCUGAAGAAGACUUAAGUCCAAUUAAGGGAAAUAUUACAUUUGCCCCUGGUAGAUCAAUGCUGAUUUAUAAUUUAACAGUGCUGGAUGAUCAGAUACCUGAAAAUGAUGAAUUGUUUGUUGUUCAUCUGAGAAGUGUGGAGGGAGGGGCUGAAAUCAACACCACAAAAAACUCUGUUCAGAUUAAUAUUAAGAAAAAUGACAGCCCUGUGCGAUUUGUUCAGAGUGCUUAUAUGGUGCCUGAGGAAGUUGAUGUGUUAACUAUUCCAGUGGUUCGUGGUAAGGAUGACAGCGGAAAAUUAAUUGGACCUGAUGAAUAUGAAGUCUCUGUCAGUUACACUAUCAUAACUGGGAAUUCAUCAACACAUGCACAGCUUAAUUUAGACUUCCUAGAUCUACAGCCAAAUAUGACUAUCAUUUUCCCAUCUCUAGUUCAUGAAACUUAUAUGAAAUUUAAGAUCCUUGAUGAUGCCAUACCAGAAAUUGCUGAGACCUUUCAGAUUAUGCUGCUUGAGGACACUUUGCAGGGAGAUGCUGUUUUAGUUAAUCCAUCCGUUGUUCAUGUUACCAUCAAACCAAAUGAUAAACCCUAUGGAGUGCUAUCAAUCAACAGUAUCCUGUUUGCUCAGACCGUUAUCAUUGACGAAGACCGAAUUUCAAGGUUUGAAGGGAUCACAAUUGUAAGAAAUGGUGGAACACAUGGAAAUGUUUCUGUUACCUGGAUUAUAACCCGUAAUAGUAGUGAUCCCUCACCUGUGACUGCAGACCUCAUUCCAGAGUCUGGGGAGUUAUAUUUUGAUCAAGGACAGAUGCUGGUAGCAAUUCCUCUGCACAUUGUUAAUGAUGAUAUACCAGAAGAGGCAGAGCCCUAUCUUCUGAAACUUUUAGCCCAUACAAUACAGGGAGGGGCAGAAGUCAGCGAUCCAUUUGAGCUUUUGUUUUACAUUCAGGACAGUGAUGAUGUUUAUGGUGUAAUAAAAUUUUAUCCUAUGGAGAAUCAGAAGAUUGAAAGCAAUCCAAUGGGACGCUUCUUAUCCUUGAGUUUUGCAAGGGAGAGAGGAACAGUUGGAGAUGUGCAGUUGGUUUAUACUGCACUGUACAUUCCGGCUGGAGCUUUGGAUCCAGAGAGAGCAAAAGAUGGCAUUCUAAAUAUGUCUAGAAAAAGCAUUCUCACAUUUCCAGAAGGAAAAGCCCAAGAUACCUUAAAUAUACCAAUAAGAAAUGAUGCAUUUCUUCAAAAUGGUGCUCAUUUCCUCAUUCAGCUGGAAAGAGUUGAGCUGGUGAAUAGAAUACCUGUGGUCCCACCGGUGAGUCCCAGAUUAGGUGAGAUUCGAAAUAUUUCUCUGAGGAUUACUCCAGAUAUCGCAAAUGGAGAAAUUGGCUUUACUAGCAAUCUUCCAAUUAUUCUUUCUGAACCAGAAGAUUCCCCUGCUACAGUGGUUUCCAUUGUAUUGCAUAGAGAUGGGACUGAUGGUCAAGCAACUGUGUUCUGGAGUUUGAAACCUUCUGGUCUUAAUCAAAAAGCAGUAACACAUGAUGAUAUAAGUCCUUUUAAUGGCUCCGUUGUGUUCCUACCUGGACAAAGUGAUACUACAAUCAACAUUACUAUUAAACCUGAUGAUACACCUGAAAUGAAUGAAACUGUUUUAUUGACUUUGGACAGGGUAGAGACAGAAAGGUUUGUCGUGUACUUUGGGGUUAGUGUAGAAAAUCAAAUACUGAAAUCUGGGUUUACUAGUUGUGAAAUUAUUAUUUUGGAAAAUGAUGAUCCAGGAGGAGUGUUUGAAUUUUCUUCUUCUUCUAGAGGUCCCUACAGUAUCAAGGAAGGGGAGUCCGUUGAACUGCAGAUUGUUCGCUCUAGAGGAAGUCUUAUCAGACAGUUUCUACGCUACACUGUAGAACCAAGAGACAGUAAUGAGUUUUAUGGAAGCACAGGAAUUCUGGAGUUCAAGCCUGGUGAAAAAGAGAUCAUAAUUACUUUACUGACAAGGAUGGAUGGGAUUCCAGAGCUGGAUGAGACCUAUUGUGUGGUACUCAGCGGCUACAGUGAAAUGCCUGGCAAGCUGGGAAAUGCCACAAGGGUCAAUAUAACCAUUCUGAAGAAUGAUGAUCCACAUGGUAUAAUUCAGUUUCUGCCUGAUGAACUAACAGUAACAAUAAAGGAAAGUAAAGGAGAAAUCAUCUAUGCUGCAGCUUACAGAAUCGUAAGAAACCAAGGAAACUAUGGCAACGUUAGCGUGGCUUGGGUUGUUGAUCCAGCAUGUACCAAUGACAUCUAUCCAGAAAAAGGGACUAUUUUCUUUGAUAACCUGGAGUUUUCAAAAAACAUCACUGUUUACUCACUGCCAGAUGAGCUACCUGAAGAAAUGGAAGUAUUCAUCAUCAACUUAUUCAAUGCUACUGGUGGAGCCAGACUGGGCAAUAUAACGAGUGCAAUUUUACAGAUUGCAAGGAAUGAUGACCCCAUUUAUUUUGCAGAACCUCUGACACUGAGGGUUCAAGAAGGGAGUGUUGCAAACUUUACAGUCCAAAGGAAUAGAUCUGCUGAUAUUGCUAUUGCGGUCCAGUAUAUUACUCUUAAUGGAGAGGCAACAGCUGAAGAGGGAGACUUUGUUCCCAGUGGAAGGAGCAGCGUCCUUUUGUUUGAUGUUGGAGAAAGAGAACAGAACUUAUCUGUAUAUAUUAAUGAUGAUGAUGUCCCUGAAACAGACGAAACAUUUUAUAUCAUCCUUUUGAAUUCUACAGGAGACACUGUAAUCUUUAAGGCUGGAAUGGCUACAGUUAUUAUUGAAGCAAAUGAUGAUCCUAAUGGAAUUUUCUCCUUGGAACCUAUAGACAAGCCAGUGGAAGAAGGCAAAAGUAAUGCUUUUCUGGUUGUGAGGCACAGGGGACACUUUGGCAAUGUUUCUUUGAGGUGGCAGCUGUUUGAAAAUGACUCUGCACUGAAGCCAGGAGAAGAGUUCUACGAAACUUAUGGGACUGUGUGCUUCACCGAUGGUGAAGGAUCAAAGCCAAUAACACUUCGUGCUAUUUUGGAUAGAAUUCCUGAAUUCAAUGAAUUUUAUAUUCUGAAGUUGGUGAAUGCUUCAGGUGGGUCUCCUGGUCCUGGCGGUCACUUAUCUGAAACCAGCCUUACUGUAACUGUGAUGAUCCCAUUCAACGACGACCCUUUUGGAGUCUUUGUUAUAGAUCCAGAGAGCCAGGACAGAGAGAUAGCGGAAGAUGUUCUUUCUGAAGAUGAUCUUUCCUAUAUUACAAACUUCACCAUCUGGAGACAACAAGGCGCCUUUGGAGUUGUCCGGUUAGGUUGGGAAAUACUAUCUAGUACAUUCCAAGCUGGACUGCCAUCAAUGGUAGAUUUCUUGUUGCAUGGAUCAUUUCCAAGUUCAGUACAAUCACAGCCCCACUUGAGGCGCCAUCACAGUGGAACAGAUGCUUUGUAUUUCAGUGGAAAAGAAGAUGCAUUUGGGAUUAUUGGUCCUGAAUACCCAUACAGUGGAAAUAACGCAGUAACUAACUUUACAUUUUCAGCAUGGUUAAUUCCUAACUCCAGUACUGAUGGUUAUAUAAUUGAAAAGGAUAAUGAUAAUGGGAUCUUAUAUUAUGGUGUGAAAAUCCAAGCAAAUGAUUCCCACAUUUCUGUAAUGCUUCAUUAUACAGCAUUAGGAUCCAAUAUGACGUAUGUGGCUAAAACAGUGAUCAUGAAAUACCUGGAUGAAAAUGCUUGGCUUCACCUUCUGAUUACACUAGAUGAAAGUAUAAUCGAAUUUUACAUUGAUGGAAACCCAGUUCUGGGAGGGAUGAAGAGCCUUAAAGGAGAAGCAAUUGCUGAUGGUCCAGGAAUACUGAGAGUUGGAGCAGGAAUCAAUGGGAGCAGUAGAUACACGGGGCUAAUGCAGGAUGUAAGGCUUUAUGAACGUAAGCUGACACAAGCAGAGAUCCAUGAACUUCAUGCAACUCCUGCAAAAAGUGACUUACACCCUAUCUCUGGGUAUUUGGAGUAUCGGCAAGGAGAGACCAAUAAAUCAUUCAUCGUGUCUGCAAGAGAUGACAAAGAGGAAGAAGGAGAAGAAUUAUUCAUACUCAAGCUUAUUUCUGUGCGUGGUGGAGCUCGAAUUCCACAAGAAAAUACGACAGCAAGAUUAAGAAUACAGAAAAGUGAUAAUGCUAAUGGUUUGUUUGGUUUCACUGGAGCAUGUAUCCCUGAGACUUCUGACGAAGGUUCCACUAUAUCCUGUGUUGUGGAGCGUACAAGGGGAGCCCUAGACUAUGUGUAUAUAAAUUACAUUAUCUCACAGGUUGAUUCCACUGGCAUUAAUAACUCUGUUACCGAUUUUUCUAACAGCAGUGGCACUAUCACAUUCCUUCCUUGGCAGAGAUCAGAGGUAUUAAAUCUGCACGUGAUUGAUGAUGACAUUCCAGAGCUAAAUGAGUAUUUCCGGGUGACACUAGUUUCUGCAGUUUCUGGAGAUGGAAAGCUAGGUUCAACUCCUACCAGUGGAGCAAGUAUAGAUCCAGAAAAGGAAACUACUGAUAUCAGCAUCAAAGCCAGUGACCACCCAUAUGGUUUACUACAGUUCUCUGUGGGGCUGCCUCCUCAGCCAGGUGAUAAAAUGAUUCUCCCAGCAUCUGCCAUGCCCCAUAUUACUGUUAAAGAAGAAGCUGGAUACAUUAGAUUACUGGUAGUUCGUGCACAGGGCCUUCUGGGAACAGUUUCGGUGGAAUACAGAACAGUACCACUUACAGCUUUCAGUCCUAAAGAUUAUCAGGCUAUUGUGGGCACCUUGGAAUUUCAACCAGGAGAAAGAUACAAGUACAUUACUGUUAACAUCACUGACAAUUCUGUCCCUGAAUUGGAAAAAGAUUUUAAAGUGGAGCUGUUGAACCCAGAAGGAGGAGUUGCUGAGCUCUUUAGAAAUGAUGACAGUGGAAGUGGUGAUGGGAACAUGGAUUUCUUCCUUCCAGCUGUCCAUCAACAUGCUAGCUUGGGAAUUGCAUCCCACAUCAUUGUGACUAUUGAGGCUUCUGAUGAUGCUCACGGUGUAUUUGAAUUCAGUACGGAGUCACUCUCUGUAAAUGGAACUGAGCCUGAAGACGGAGAUAGCACUAUUGUGCUGCAGGUCGUGAGAUCUCAUGGAGCCUUAUCUCAGGUGACAGUGCAUUGGAUUAUAGUCUGUGAUCCUACAGAAGACCUGAUAUCUAAUUAUGGGAAUGUAACAUUUGAUGUUGGCCAAGCAAGAGCAAAUAUAACAGUGCAAGUUUCACCUGAUGAAGUUCCUGAACUGGAUAAAAUGUUUUCAGUUUUGAUCAUCAAUGUCUCCAGUGGUCGUCUUGGAAUUCAUACUAAUGCAACACUAACCAUUUUAGCCAACGAUGAUCCGUAUGGGCUCUUUAUGUUUUCUGAGAGAAACAGACCAAUAAAAGUUGAGGAAGAAACCAAAAAUAUCUCCCUGACAAUAGUAAGACUUGGUGGUCUCCUUGGAACAGUAGUGGUAACAUACAGAACUAUUGAUGAUGAUGAAAAGUCACCUUUUCUUCCAUCUGACCUAGCUAGAGCAACACAGGGAAAAGAUUAUUUAUCUAUUUCUGGUUUUGUGAUCUUCACAGCCAAUAAAAGUGAGGCCACAAUAACUCUUCCUAUUUUGGAUGAUGAUGAUCCUGAGAGGUCAGAGUCUGUUUUUGUGGAGCUAAACAGUAUUGCUUUAAUUGAGAAAGUACAGGAUCGACCAAUUUUAAAUUCUCCUCGACUUGGAUCAGUGGGUGAGACAAUAGCUCAUGUAAUGAUCAAUGCCAAUGACGAUGCUUUUGGAACACUUCAGCUUUCAGCUCCAGCUGUGCGGGUUGCUGAGAAUUAUGUUGGACCAAUCAUUAAUGUGACCAGAAGUGGAGGAAUUUUUGCAGAUGUUUCUGUGAAGUUUAAAGCUAUGCCAAUAACUGCAACAGCUGGUGAGGAUUACAGUGUAGCCUCAUCAGAUGUUGUUUUACUAGAAGGGGAAACAAGUAAAGCUGUGCCAAUUUAUAUAAUUAAUGAUAUCAGUCCUGAAGUUGAGGAGUCCUUUUAUGUUCAGCUGCUGAAUCAAACAACAGGAGGAGCCUUACUUGGAUCUUUGACUAAGGCAAUCAUAACUAUUGAGGCUUCUGAUGACCCAUUUGGAUCUUUUGUUUUUCAGAUCACUGAAUUUGUUGAGGAGGAGCCUGAAUUAGGAUCAGUAACCAUAAAUCUGCCAAUAAUCCGCAAUGCUGGGACACUUGGUAAUGUUACUGUUCAGUGGGUUGCUACCAUUAAUGGACAUCCUGCUGAUGCUGACUUGCAGGUUGUCUCAGGUAAUAUUACUUUUGCCCCUGGGGAAGCCAUUCAGAUGCUGUUGUUGGAGAUCCUGGCUGAUGAUGUUCCAGAAAUCGAUGAAGUUGUCCGGGUAGAAUUAACUCAGGCCUCCAAUGGUGGUGCUAUUGGGUUAGAUGGAGUGGCAAAUAUUAUAAUACCUGCCAAUGAUAAUCCUUAUGGCACAGUUUUCUUUCAUCGCUCAUUGUAUCGAAUUCAAGAGCCACUAGAAAGAAAUUUGCUUGCAAACAUAACAGUCAGGAGAAGUGGGGGAAGGUUUGGUGAACUUCAGAUUUUCUACAGCACCUCUGACAUUGAUGUUGUAGCUCUUGUCACUGAGCAAGAUCAGGAUAUCCUGGCCUUUUAUGAGUCUCCGGUACAAGGAAUUCCUGACCAACCAUCCAAGACUAGAGUGAAUGUGUCUGCUGCAAAUGACCCACUGUAUGCCUGUGCAACUCGGUGCCUAAAAGAACAAGCAUGUUCAGCCUUUACGUUUUCCAGUGCCUCUGGGAUUCCUUUCUGCUUUUGGCUGACAUCGGAGAUCAGCCCUCUAACUAAUAUUUCAGGAUUCUGGACCUACAAGAAAAAUGCCACCAGUGCAUCCACUCUCUUUAGCACACAAGCCAUUGCUGGUAGUGAUUAUGAAUCUGUUACAAGACAGAGGGCCAUAAUGCUAGAAGGGGAAGAGUUUGCAAAUCUCACAGUUACCAUACUCCCUGACAGUCUGCCAGAGCUGGAUGAGAAAUUCACUAUAUCCCUUUUGAAAGUUGAACUAAUGAACAUCUCAGCCAGCUUAAAAAAUCAACCAACCAUAGGACAGCCAAAUACUUCCACAGUUGUUAUAAUGAUGAAUGGAGAUGCCUUUGGAGUAUUUAAGAUCUACAGUGUAAGUCCCAAUGCGACAGAGGAAGGUCUGUAUGUUGAAGUAGAAGAACGUCCUCAGGCCAACGUGCAGCUAAUGAUACAUAGAACAGAAGGCAGCCUAGGACAAGUGACAGUGGAAUGGCGUGUAAUUGGUGGAACUGCUAUCCCAGACUUGGAUUUUAUAGGUGUUGGUGAGAUUCUGGUGUUUGCUGAAGGGGAAACAAAAAAGAUGGUCACAUUGACCAUCUUAGAUGAUCCAGAGCCAGAGGAUAAUGAAAGUAUCAUAAUCAGCCUGGUCCAUACUGAAGGAGGGAGUCGGAUUCUGCCCAGUUUUGACACUGUCACAGUGAUUAUUCUGGCAAGUGACAAUGUGGCAGGAAUUAUUAGCUUUCAGACAGCCUCAAGAUCUGUUAUUGGUCGUGAAGGAGAACAGCUGCAGUUCCAUAUCCUUAGAACUGCCCCAGGACUGGGAAAUGUUACUGUUGAAUGGAAGAUUGUUGGGCAUCGUGUAAAACAAAAUUUUGAAAAUUAUUCUGGAAUACUCUUUUUUCCUGAGGAGUCAUUGAAUACAACAUUAUAUGUUCACUUGCUGGAUGACCAUAUUCCUGAAGAAAAAGAAGAGUAUCAAAUUGUCCUAUACAACGUCAAAACACAAGGAGUUUCUUCAACAGGAGCUGCUGUCUUGGAUAGUCAAGGAUAUGAAGCUGUUCUGACAGUAGAAGCUAGUGAUGAACCACAUGGAGUCUUGAAUUUUGCUUCCACAUCCAGGGAAGUUUUAAUUCCAGAGGAGAAUAAAACUAUUCAGCUCUUUAUCAACAGAGAAUUUGGAUCACUAGGUACUAUCAAUGUUACAUAUGCAACAUUUCCAGGAUUGCUCACUUUAAGGAAUCAGACAGAAGCGACCUUGGCUGAACCAGGAACUGAUUAUAUAUCUGUUUCUGGAUCACUGAUUUUAGAGGAAGGAGAAACAUCAGCUGCCAUAAAUAUUACUAUUCUAGAGGAUGAUAUACCAGAGAUGCAGGAAUUCUUCUUGGUUAAUUUGUCUUCAGUGGAACUCAUCAUGAACCAUUCAACUUCAUUCCCACCUAAGCUAGAUUUGGAAGGUUUAGCUUCUCAAAUUGUUAUCGAUGCUAAUGAUGGAGUAAGAGGAAUAAUUGAAUGGGAAAAUACCAAGUUUGAAGUUAAUGAAACUCAGAGGAAUCUGACGAUAAUGGCACAUCGAAACAGAGGAUCAUAUGGCAAUGUGUCUUUGUUUUUUUAUGCCCAAAAUUUGGAGGCACAGCUGGGUUUGGAUUUUAGUGUGACCUCAAGGACUCUCUUUUUUGCUGAUGGAGAAAGGCAUAAAUCUGUUGAUGUCAUGAUUUUUGAUGAUGAUAUUCCUGAAGGUGAUGAGAAAUUCCAGUUAAUUUUAACAAAUCCCUCUCUGGGGCUGCAGUUAGGGGAGAACACAACAGCUACAAUUACUAUUCUUGCCAACGAUGAUGGCCAUGGAAUUUUGUCAUUCAGUAACAGUGAUCACUUCUUCCUAAGAGAGCAAACAGCUCUCCAUUUGAUGGAAAGUGUUGCAGUAUUAACCAUUAUUAGAGAGCCUCCUCAGGGGAUAUUUGGCACCGUGACUGUUCAAUAUCUUGUAAGUGAAAUUAAUUCUUCAGAAGCAUCGGUGGAUUUGUUCCCUUCCCAAGGAUAUAUUGUGUUGGAAGAGGGAGUCAGAUUCAAGACACUGCACAUUUCUGCGAUACUAGAUGAAGAACCAGAAAUGGAUGAGCACUUUGUUGUCACCCUGUUCAAUCCAACUGGGGGAGCCAGACUAGGCACAAGAGUGGAAACUAUGAUCACCAUAUUACAGAACCAAGCUCCACUAGGACUUUUCAGCAUCUAUCCAGUCACAAAUAGGACAAAUUUCCUCGUAAUUGAAGAAGCCAACACUACAGUUUAUUUGAAAGUUUCACGGAGUAAUGGUCUCAACACAUCUGUGAGUGUUGAGUGGGAGACGUUGUCAGAUACUGCGUUUGGCAUCAGGGGUGGUAUCAGUGUGCUGUCUGUCUUACAAAGUUUUGUGGAAGAGUCAGCAUCUACUUGGUGUUUCUUUACAUCAGGAGAAAUCCUAUAUGGUGUUCUGUUGCGUACACCUCCAGCUAGCUUUUCUACUGUCUACCAAUGGAAGGGAGUAUUUGUUCCUGUUGAGAAUUUCAGUAUAUGGAAUCCUAGAAGGUGUGUGGCAUUCCAAAUCAAUGCCUCUCCCUACCUUGUGAUAAGUCAUGGAGGAGGCAAACAAGGAACUUCCAACAACAGUGUGUAUGCAUUCAUGCCUGGACGCAGACUGUUGUGGAUACAAACUCUCUUUGUUCUGUAUACCAGGGAUGUAAAACAUUUUGCUGUGGAGGAAGAAGACUAUUUGAUUAUUGCAAGUCAUUCAACCCAUUCCGGUUCCAUCCAGGUUUUCCAGUGGAAUAAAGACAUCUUUGUGUUGCAUCAUCAACUUCCACUCUAUGGAGCUCUGAACAUAGCCUUGUUUCCUAGAGGAGGCUUUCUGUACCUAUUAGUUGCUUUGUCAAAUACCAGCCAGAACACCCUCUUGUACCAGUGGUUAAAUAAUGAGUUUAGGAAACUUCACGAAGUACCAGCAAAUGAUAUAAAACAUAUGGAGGCCUGGAUUUCUGGAUCAGACAUCUAUUUAAUUAUUGUGAAAGAAUCUGGAAAUUCAUCUGAAAUUUUUAUCUGGGAGACAGGGCAGUCUACCUUCAGACACUUUCAGUCUCUUCCAUUCCAAGCUGUAAAAAAUAUUCAUGUAUUCAUGCCACCUUCAGGUUUAGUUCAUGUCCUACUAGCUGGUAGGGAUACAACAGCACUGUAUGCUUGGAACUCAGAAGUAAGCCAGUUCUCUGUACUUCUGGAGGCGCCAUAUGCUGAUCAUAUCACUUCAGUUACUGCAAGAUCUCUGAACUCUAGCAAGAGCCUAAUUGCUCUGACUGUUGAAUCCUACUCCCAAAUUUAUGAGCUGGCGAUGAUCUCCAACCAGUCAGAUUUUAUACCUAGUUCAGGUGAAUUGAUAUUUGAGCCUGGGGACCUGGAAGUUGUAGUAGCGGUCAAUAUCCUUGAUGAUGUUAUUCCAGAGGAGGAAGAAAGCUUCAGAGUGUGGUUGAAAAACCCUAAAGGAGGUGCAGAGAUUGGUGCUCAUGGUUUUGUUAACAUAAUUAUUCCAUCCAAUGACAAUGCCUAUGGAGUCAUUGCAUUUGCUCAGAGUUCUUUAUUUAAGCAAGUUGAAGAAAUGGAACAAGACAACUUAAUCACCUUGAAUGUUGAACGUUUAAUAGGAACAUAUGGACGAGUGACAGUAGAGUGGAUAGCCAGCGGGAGCAUUAGUGAUAUAUUUCCAGCUUCAGGAAUGAUUACAUUUUCAGAAGGUCAAGCCCUGUCCACCAUCACCCUGACAAUUCUUGCAGACAGUGUUGCAGAGCUUUCAGAGACCGUGGAUAUCACACUCACUCACGUUACUACUGUGGGUAUUCAGGAUACCAUGAGAGGAGCUAUCAUAGAUCCUAGAAGGGCAAGAGCGGUACUUACCAUUUUACCCAGUGAUUCUCCACAUGGUGUAAUUGGCUGGCAUGCAGAGUCUCUCUUUGUUAAAGUCAUGGAGCCAGAAGGACAGUUAAAUUCAACUACUGUUGCUUUACAAAUUGUUCGAGAACAAGGAUUUGUCGGAGAUAUUGCAGUUCAGUUGAGCACCAUGCCUAAUUUUGAACUCCCUCUCUCCAACCAAGCAACAGAGAAUGAGGAUUAUGUAAUAGAAAAGAAAACAAUCAUUAUGGCAGAAAACACAACAAUAGCUUCUGUCACAGUCACUAUUUUUCCUGAUAAUAUUCCAGAAUUACAGGAAGGAUUUAUAAUCAAUAUUACUGAUGCACAACUGGUAGAGUCUUCUCCUACUGGAGGUCAGCCAAAUAUGAAGAGGCUUGGGCUAGAAAUAGCUGAAAUAACAAUUGAAGAGAAUGAUGACCCCAGAGGAAUAUUUAGUUUCAGUGUUAAAAAGGAUGCAAGUGGAGCUGUUCCUGCUUAUGAGGUACCACCACCACAGAAUAUACUGAAACUUCCAGUUGUUCGACAGGCUGGGAGCUUUGGGUUAGUAACUCUGUUUUGGGAAGCUACUCAUUCAACUGCAAGCUUUGAAGACUUUACACCAACAUUUGGAAACCUUACAUUUGCAGAUGGGCAGGCCACAGGAGAAAUAGAAAUUACAAUCAUAGAUGACAGUGAAGUUGAAUUCCUUGAGAUAUUCAAGAUUGCCCUAAUGAGGGUAACUGGUGGUGCAAGACUUGGGAAUGAAACCCUGGUAACUGUUGCUAUUCCACCAAAUGAUUCCCCCGUUGGAGUAUUUGGAUUUGAAGAAAAGAGCGUGACAGUGAAAGAACCUCAGACACCUGAUGACACUGCUGCAACUGUAUUGCUCACUGUAAGUCGGAGUCAAGGAGGACAAGGAGCAGUUCGAGUGAUAUGGAUUGUUGAAGAGGCAGCCAAAUAUGAUCUGACUCCUCUGAAUGGUACUCUUCAUUUCAAUGAGACUGAAUCCCAGAAGUUGAUUGUUUUACAUGCAGUACAAGAUGGUAUAUUGGAGGGGAACGAAACAUUUACAAUUCAGCUCGUCUCUACUGGUGAUGCAGAGAUCUCUCCUGUAAAUGGUCUGGCAACCAUCAUUAUUGUGGGGGAUGAAGGAGCUUCUGGGAUGGUUGGGAUAGCUCAUUCUUCCACGCAUGUUCUGAUUGGAGAACCUUCAGGAAGUUAUAAUGGAACUGCUCUUAUUAGCCUGGUACGUGGUCCAGGGAUUUUUGGUGAGGUUAAAGUAUAUUGGAAUAUAACACCUCCUCAUUAUAAAGAAUUUGCUGAGGUAUCGGGAACCUUGACAAUGCGAGACAGGCAGUCUGCAGCUGUUGUUCUAAUACAGGCUGUAGAUGAUAACCAUCCUGAGGAGAAGCAUUACUACCAGUUUCAACUAACUGGAAUCAGUGGUGGAGGACUCAUAAAUGAAUCUAGUAGCACAGCAAAUAUUACCAUGGCUGCUAGUGACUUUCCAUAUGGACAGUUUACGUUUUCACGGGAACUACUGCAAACAACAGAAGAAGAAAAAUGGGUUAACAUCACUGUUGUACGUGCUAGUGGAUGUUAUGGCAAAGUGCGUCUGUGGUUGCAGAUAAUAAAUGGCACUGCUGAGGAGGGAAUUGAUUUCACUCCCACAGUAAGGGAGGUGUUGUUUGAACCAGAUGAGGAAAAUAAAAUGAUUUUGAUUGAAAUUCAUGAUGAUGACUUUCCUGAAGGUCCUGAAGACUUUUUAGUGACAAUAACCAAAGUGGAACUGCAAGGAAGUGGAUUUGAUUUUGCCAUAAAAGAAAAUGGACUACGGGUGGAUCAACCCCCUGUGGUAGGAAAUAUCUCCACAGUACGAGUCGUCAUAGCAAAGAGUGACAAUGCAGAAGGCGUCAUAGAAUUUGAUCCUCAGUAUGUCAUUCUACAGGUGGAAGAGGAUGCUGGAGUGAUCAUGAUUCCUGUUGUAAGAAAGCUUGGAACUUACGGCUUCGUAACAGCUGAUUUUCUGUCUCGAAAUAUUUCUGCACUUCCCAAUGGUGUUGACUAUUUCAUCCAUAACAACUCUGUCGUUUUUCAUCAUGGUCAGAACCAGACUUUUAUCUAUAUCUCUAUUAUAGAUGAUGAAGAAAGUGAAUUUGCUGAGCAAUUUGAAAUCCAGCUGACAGGAGCCACUGGUGGAGCAGUCCUUGGGCUCUACCUGGUGAGCCAGGUCACUAUUGCUAAAAGUGAUUUCCCCCAUGGUAUUGUCCGUUUCCUCAACCAAAGCCGAAUUAUUCUUCCCAACCCUGAUACAUCCAUGACAAUGUCCCUGGUGCUGGAAAGAACUGGAAGAUUGCUAGGAGACAUACAGAUUAAUUGGGACAUUUUAGGACCCAAUUCAGAAGAGGUUUUGUCUCCCCUGAAUAGUGACAUUGGUGACCCUGUGAAUGGAUCCUUCUAUUUUGGAGAAGGAGAAGGAGGUCUGAGAGCUAUUAACCUGCAGAUCUAUCCCCAUGAAGAAGUCGAAGUUCAGGAGAUCUUCAUUAUUAGACUGAGCCUUGUGAAAGGUGAAAUAGAAAUAGAUCCCAAGGCAACCAACAUUACACUAAUAAUACAGAAGUUUGGUGAUCCUAAUGGUAUUGUACAGUUUGCUCCUGAAUCAUUAUCCAAGAAGAAUUUUACGGAACCCUCAGCAGUGGAAGGGCCACAGAGUAUUACACUGUUUGUCAGACGAAUUCAAGGCACUCUGGGAAACAUAACGAUUUACUGGGAAAUAUGUAGUGAUUCUGACAUGACAGGUGACUUCCUUCAAACAGAGGGAUCUGUUGUCAUGGCUGACCAGCAGAGUACAACUGAGAUAAUUAUCUAUCUGUUACCUGAUGAUGUUCCAGAACUGGAUGAAAACUAUGUGGUACAGCUGAUUUCAGUGGAAGGUGGAGCAGAUUUAGACCAAGAGAAAAGAAUUUUAAAGAUCAGUGUUUUUGCAAAUGAUGAUCCAUAUGGAGUGUUUGCCUUGUACCCACAUCAGCAGUCAGUAUUAGUAGAGAGAGACCUUAGUCGGUAUGUUCAGAUUAAUGUUACCCGGCAUGCUGGGGCAUUUGGAGAAGUGAUUGUUGAGUACCGUAUCUUGUCUCAUCACGAAGAAGCACCAGUUGCACCUGAGAAUGUGGUGGGCUACCUAGCAGUAAAAGACAGUGCCAGCUUUGAAGUGAAAAGAGUGCCAAUAAGCAGCCAGGCAUUUCUGUUACUGGGAUUGAAUUUUACUCUGGAACUGAUCAGCGUAAGCCUGGUUGGGGGCAGUGGCAAGGAUGUGCCUAAAAUAUUAGAAAACGCAAAGUCAGCUAUUUUGCUUAUUCCUGAAGAAGCUGCCAAUUCACAGGUUGGCUUUGAAUCUGUUAUUUUACAGCUUACAAACAUUGUAGCAGGAACAGGUCAGGCUGUGAUAACCAGAGAAGGCGUUUAUGGCUCUGUAACAGUUAACUGGACUUCUGGAUACCCACCAGAUGUAAUCACUGACUUUGUUCAUCCAGGCAAUAUUACUCCUUCAUUUGGUAGUGCUAUAUUUUCCUCUGGUGAACAGAGCAAAGUAAUUUCAUUUCAGGCUACUCCAAGCCUAAAUAAACAGGAAUCAUUUGCCAUCUCUCUAACAGCAGUGCACAGCAAUGUGUCUGGUGGGGCUCGACUGAGAACAGGAUUUACAAUAGCUGAAAUCGAGCCAUUGGGGAUCUUCCAGUUUGCUCCUAACUCAAGAUAUGUUUCAGUUGAAGAAGAUGUUCAGGCAGUCACACUACAUGUCCAGAGAUUGUUUGGUUUUCAAAGUAAUCUCACUCAAUUGACAUAUCAGACUACUCCAGGAAGUGCCAAACCACUGGAAGACUUUAGACCUAUCUAUAAUGGAGAGCUUAUGUUUGUACGUUUUCAGACAAAUGCUGUAGUAGAAAUAUCAAUAAUUGAUGACACUGUUUCUGAAAUGGAGGAAUUUUUUUUUGUAAAUUUGACUGCUGUGGAGGUUUGGGGUGUUCAACCCUUGAAUCCUAACUGGAGUCCACGUCUGAAUCCAGCUUUCAGUGUUGCAACAAUUAAUAUCCUGGAUAAUGAUAGUGUUCAUGGAAUACUCAGUUUGGGGCCAGAGUUCAUUUAUAUUGAAGAAGAUGCAAACAGUAGUACCCCCAACAUGGCAAUACUUCAUAUUAGAAGGACUCAGGGUUUUGCUGGUGAUAUUGGAGUAACAGUUAAAACCUUUGGUGGAAUAAGUGCACAGAGUGGAGUAGAUUUGUAUCCUUUUGAAAACGCUUAUGGAAGAUCAGACUUUGCAUGGGCAACGGAAGGAGAAGAUUUUGAGGAACAGUCAGUUUCUCUAACUUUGCUGGAUGGAGAAAGAGAAAGCAAGGUGUCCAUCAAAAUUUUUGAUGAUGACGAGCCUGAAGGACAGGAAUUGUUCUAUGUUUUCCUCUCAGAUCCUGAAUGCGGAGCUCAGAUUGUGGAAGGAAAGGAUGAUUAUGGAUUUGCUGCUUUUGCAACAGUAAUUAUCGCAGGAAAUGAUCUUCAGAAUGGCAUUUUGGGAUUUGUUCCAGAAGUGCAAAGCGGUCUUGUUCUUGAUGAAGACUCAGAAAAUAGAGACGUGGUGCUGAUUGUCACAAGGCAACCAAACAGGGCUUUUGAAGAUGUGAAGAUCUAUUGGCGUGUGACCUUUAAUGAAACUUCUGUUGUCCUUCUUAAGGACGGCAUAAACUUGGAGAAUGAACUUGUGUCUCUGCUAGGAGCCACUACCUGCAUGGCAGGUCAAACAAUAUGCAACAUCUCUAUUGAAAUAAAACCGGAUAAUGUACCUGAAUUUGAAACACAUUUCUUCGUUGAGCUGUAUGCAGUAAGUGCAGGAGCUGUGUUGAACAGCAGUGCCAGAUUUGCCGUUAUAACAGUUCUUGAGAGUGAUACUCCUCGUGGUUUAGUGUAUUUUGCUGUGGGAUCUCGUUUUGCUGUGGCUCAUAAGAAGGCUACUUUAAUCAGUUUGCAAGUGCUCAGAGAUUCUAGUACGUCAGUAACCACAGUCAUUAGCUACAGCAUGCAGGAGCUACAAAAACCUGAACCUAUUGGCCGGACCUUCAUAUCUCCAGCUGUUGCAGGACGAGAUUUUGUCAGAUCUGAAGGUUUAUUGACUUUUGAACCUGGACAGAGAAAUGCUUUGCUGGAUGUGACCCUGACUCCAGAGACAGGAUCCUUAAACCCAUUUCCUAAACGUUUCCAGGUUGUGCUUUCUAAACCCACAGGCGGUGCCAGAGUAGAUGAUGCAUAUGCUAUUGCUAACAUCACCAUUGUCUCAGAUUUGGACUCCUUGCCAGUCUGGGGACUUGUUGAUCAACUGCAUCAGCCACUUGAUGACACCAUUUUAAACAGAGUCCUCCAGAAUUUGAAUGUCAAAGUGGCUACAGAAACUACAGAAGAGCAACUUACUGCUGUGAUGCAUAUAAUAGAAAAGGUAACAGAUGUAGGUGAAAAGUGGUUACUCGCUGAUAAAAGUAGAAGUCUCUUCUAUGAGAUACUCUGUGCUCUGGCUAGCCCCAAACGCAAAGACACACGAGGAUAUAGUCUCCUUGCUGAGGUGACUGAAAAAUUUGCUUUUUCCCUGUUGACUGGGAUAACAUGUGGAUCACCAGGGGAAAAAGGUAAAAAUAUCCUUGACAGCUGCCCGUACAUUGCAAUAAUGGCUCACAACUGGUACCCUCAGCAAAUCAAUGGACACAAAUUUGAUGGAAAAGAUGGGGAUUUUAUUCAUGUACCUGAGCGUUUAUUAGAGGUCUCUGUUGUAUUGUCUCCUCCUCAAGAUGAGAACUGUGAAUCUGUACAAUUCACAGAAUACAGCAGCCAGCAGUGGUUUCUCACUGGUGAUAAAGAACUUGCCCUAAAGAACAAGAUUUUUUCUAUGAGUUUGAAGGGUCAGAGUUCACACCCUUUGAAAGAUAAUAAUGAAGUCAUUUACCGGAUUUAUGCUACAGGAAGUCGGAUUGUUCCACAAAAGUCUCUAUGCCUCCUUUGGAAUCAAGCUGCAGAAAGCUGGUUGUCUGAUAGUGGGUUCUGCAAAGUUGUCGAUGACGCAUCAGACUACGUGGAAUGCUCUUGUUCUCAUAUGUCCAUUUAUGCAGUUUAUGCCCAAACAGACAACUUGUCAUCAUACAAUGAAGCUUUUUUCUCUUCUGGAUUCAUUUGCAUUUCAGGUUUCACUUUGGCUAUUAUCUCCCACCUUUUCUGUACCAGAUGUGCAAUGUUUGCAGCUAAACUUCUCACUCACAUGAUGGUUGCUUGUUUGGGUACUCAGAUUUCGUUUCUGGGCUCAGCUUACAUGAGCCAACAUCUCUCAGAGGAAAGCUGCUCUGCCCUCGCAUCUGUUACCCAUUACCUUUACCUCUGCCAGUUCAGCUGGAUGCUUAUUCAGGCUGUUAAUUUCUGGUACGUCCUGGUGAUGAAUGAUGAACACACAGAGCGGCGCUAUCUACUUUACUUCCUUUUGAGUUGGGGGCUUCCAGCUUUUGUUGUAAUCCUGCUUUUAAUUAUUCUGAGAGGAAUCUAUCAUCAGAGCACAGCACAGAUUUAUGGUCUUGUCUACAGUGAUCUGUGCUUCAUUCCAAAUGCCUACGCUGCUCUCUUCACUGCUGCUCUGGUGCCAUUAAUGUGCUUGGUAGUGGUUUUUGUGGUGUUCAUUCAUGCCUACCAGGUGACCCCGCAAUGGAAAGCAUAUGAUGAUAUUUUCAGAGGAAGAACUAAUGCUGCAGAGAUCCCGCUGGUCCUGUAUCUCUUUGCCCUGAUUUCCGUCACCUGGCUGUGGGGAGGACUGCACAUGGCUUACAGGCACCUCUGGAUGCUGGUCUUCUUUAUCAUCUUCAACAGCCUGCAGGGUCUUUAUGUCUUUGUGGUAUAUUUUAUCCUACACAAUCAACUUUGUUGUCCUGUGAAAGCAAGUUAUACUGUAGACAUGAAUGGACAUACAGCGGCUGGAUCUGCUUUUUUCACACAUGGCAGUGGUUUGCCGCCUGCAGGUGGAGAGAUCAGCAAGUCCACUCAGAACCUGAUCAGUGCUAUGGAAGAGGUGCCGGCAGACUGGGAGAGGGCAUCCUUGCAGCCUGCCAGUCAAGCUAGUGCUGCCUUUGCACAGAGUCCACAAAAUGACAAUGUUUUCCACCCUUCUGGAGGAUUUAGUAACAGCUCAUUGGUUGCUGAUGAGGAAUCACAGGAGUUUGAUGACCUAAUAUUUGCUUUAAAGACUGGUGCAGGUCUCAGUGUCAGUGAUAAUGAUUCUUGCCAUGGCAGCCAGGAUGGCAGCAGCAUGGCUAACUCCCAGAUUGUAGAGCUUAGAAGAAUACCCAUAGCGGACACUCAUCUCUAACUUCACUUUUUGCUUGCUUUUUUUUUUUUUAAUUCAAACUUCAGUAUUUUUAUAUUUGUACUUCCUUUUGCACUAAAACACUAUAUGAAGCUGUGUAGUAGAAUGCUGUGAGCUGUACUGAAUGUUUAACAAAGCAUGUUUGGUUUUUUGUAUAUCAGAGAAUAAACUGUAAAAUUUUACAGUGACUGAGCAUCAACAGAUACAAUGACAAUUGGCCUAGAUUUGUAUCUUCUAGCUAGAGGCACAUAUUUCAUGAACUGUAGCUUUUUUAAUUAACCUCUAUGUGUAACACUGUUUAAUAAAAAUAAUAGAGUCCA